AUGUCGUUCUAUAACGCAUUCAAGAAAUCCCUCCCAUGGGUACAAUCACCACUUAUCGCCAACGCCCCCAUGAGCGGCGCAGCAUUCAACGAGCUCGCCAUUGCCGUCAGCCGUGCUGGAGGGCUAGGUCAAAUCGGCUUCUUGGAUGACAUGCACGAACUUUCAAACGAGCUACAGGUCGCGCGUGACAAACUACAAGACCUGAUGUCGACUCUUCCCGAUCCACAGAUUUUACCAAUCGGAGUUGGGGUGAUAGUUUUCGGGUCCCCAAAGGACGCAUGGAUGACGCUUUUCAGAACGCACAAACCAGCCGUGGUUUGGCUUUCGUUCGCAGGGACAAGUGAACUUCGACAAUGGACGGAAGCAAUUCGUCAGGCAUCACCAAAAUCACAAGUGUGGGUUCAACUGGGCAGCGUGAAAGCAGCUUUGGAUGUCGCGCAAGCAUGUCACCCCGAUGCGUUGGUUCUACAGGGCAGCGAUGCCGGCGGUCACGGCCAUCAAGAUGGGGCUAGUAUCGUGAGCCUCAUUCCCGAAGUCACGGAUACACUUCUGCAGCAUGAGAUUGGCGAUAUUCCCUUGGUCGCAGCGGGUGGCAUCGUUGAUGGCCGAGGCACUGCUGCAGCCCUGGCCCUCGGGGCAUCGGGAGUGGUGAUGGGAACGAGAUUCCUAUCAGCACCAGAAACUCGAAUUCCGCAGAUCUAUCGUGAUGCAGUCUUCAAAGCUUCCGACGGAGGACAAGCUACCGCCCGAUCGCGAGUUUUUGACGAGAUCUGGGGACCCAAUUUCUGGCCAGCUACUUAUGACGGACGGUGUCUCCGGAAUAAGGUGUACAAUCGAUAUGCAUCGGGCAUGGAUAUUAACAAGAUUCGAAGUUGGCUGGUAUCGGAAAUGAAUGGUCCGGGUUCUAAGUCGUUGGAUGUUCAAGAUAUGGGCAGCCUAUGGGCUGGGACGGGGGUGGGAAUGGUGAAUACGAUGCAAAAGGCGGGUGAUAUUGUCCGAACAGUACGAGAUGAUGCCAUGAAGAGAAUUGGAUCUCUCGCUUGA